AUGUGCGCGCGGAUUGUAGAUGUGGCAAAUAACGGGCCCCUGCGUCUCGUGUUUUGGGGCGACAUGAACCUGAGCGCGUGGUUUGAUUCCACUGGUGCCCGACGUAAUGUACCAGUAUGCCAGUUGGCUACUGGCGGGGCUCUGCUUUGCACAACACUUGGACUUUACACACGUCCAUCAACAACUUACUUUCAUCCGUAUUCUAUCGCCUUUAUCUCUACGUCAUUUGACUCGAUUCGCAUAAUCGGCUUACCAUCGUUAACACGCCCAGGAGAACCGCGGACCGAGAUGAUGACGGAAAUAGACGAUCAAAUCGCCUCGCCAAUGAAAGCAGCCAUCGAGGCGGCCGACAACGUCUAUCACACCGUUCAAAGGACUUUCCCCGAGGCUGUAGCAGAUUUUGAGUCCAAAUGGACAGCAUUCCAAGCUUUUUGUCAUUCUCUGCCAGCAUCGGCGAGCCCUCGUGACUGUACACGAGCGGACGAAUUCGAGACCCUCAGGAAGCAAGGUCCAAAAAUUCUUGCCUUUGUGGUCUUUAAGCUCGCAACAGACGUUGAUCAAAACUCCCACGGAGCGUUUCUGUUCAACGCCCUAGUCAGCGACCCCAAGUACCGUGGGGUCCCAGAUGAUGACCUCACUUCCAAAGAGGCCCUCCAGCGAUAUAGCAGCCAGAUUGUUGAGCUCAGCUUCCAACUUAACAAGGUCUACGAAGAACGUGUCGAGCUAUGGAAAGAGUACUGCCAAGAGAACCGACACACACUCUGCAGGGGCAUCUGCUGCAGUGGCGAGGAAUAUUGGGAUCUACUUGAAGUCGGACCAGCCUUCAUCCCUCAUUUAAUGGUGGAAUAUGCUGGUGAUCGAGGCGGAUACUGGUACGAGCUCAUCCACGAGAUUGUUCAUGGCCGCACAACGGAGGCGUACGCGAUUUUUGACAGACCUAAAUGGUUUGAUUGUUGGCGCGCAUUCUUGAACGGGGUGGAAUAUAAGCACGCACCAAAGUACAUUCCUAAUGAAUCGGAUAUUUACAUUCUCACAGGGAAGAUGGGCCCUAAGGCUCCAGAGAAAAAUUAUCCACCAUCUACAAGUUUCGGCUAG